AUGAUUUGGGCGGCACUCUCUUGCCUCAACCAGUUCAUCAACUCCAUCGUUUGGCAUAACAAUGCCAUCAACUGGGCACCCAUCUGGUGCGACAUUUCCAUUCGAAUCAUGCUCGGUGCUCCAGUGGGCAUUCCUGCCGCGUCACUAUGCAUCAAUCGCAGAUUAUACAACAUCGCGAAAACUCAUGCGGUCGCAUUCACAGAUGAAGCGAAACGACGAGCCAUUCUUAUUGACACCCUAAUUUGCGUGCUCUUUCCUAUGAUAGUCGUUGCGCUCCCGUUUUUCUUGUCCGAUAGCUGGCCUAUAAUUAUUGGCCUUGUAUCUUCGGUCUAUUGUGGUACGCCUCUUCUUGGUGGUUUGUUGCUUUUUACCUUCGCCGUGCACAAUUCACCCGUUUUUUUGAAAUCCAACAAGUCUCUCAGCGCUAGUCGCUACUUCCGUCUCAUGGCACUCGCAAUGACGGAAAUAUUGUGCACCAUCCCCCUCGCGUCUUUUAUAAUAUGGCUCAACUCGGCAGUACAUCCUGUAGAGCCCUGGAUCAGCUGGGAAAAUGUUCACUGCGACUUUUCGCGUGUCAUGCAAUACCCGUCUGUUCUGUGGACAACGAACUACCUCCUGGUUGUUGCCAUCCAGCUCACGCGGUGGCUUAUAGUCUUCUGUGCGUUCACAUUUUUCGCUUUCUUUGGGUUUGCCGCAGAAGCGCGGAAGAACUACAGCAUAGCAUUUUGCAAGGCUGCAACAGCGUAUGAACUCGAAUGA